AUGGCAUGGGCAUCAACAAAAUUAAAAUUAAGCGUGGCAGAACCAAUUUUAUUUUUUCGUGGCACACAAGAAGAAGCGAAUGGAUGUUUUCUACGGGGGGACUUAAUGUUACAACUUAGUAAACCAUCAAAAUUCAAAAAGAUCGAGUUAUCCUUUGAUGGAGCAGCAGAGACUAGAAUUCCAGAAGGGGUUGUUAGUCGGCAAGGUGGAAUUCUUGAAAAAAAAGAAAUUAUUUCUCACAAAUGGACAUUUUUGGCGCCGUUAUCUUCGUCAGGAUCAUCAUCUUCAUCAGAUCCACAAGAACAGUUAGAAGCACCAAAACCAUCAAGAUUUAAAUUUCUGAAUAAAAGGAAAUCUUCAAAGAAGACUCAGACAUCACAUCUUCUUUCAUCGGGUGUACAUACUUAUCCUUUUGAACUUUUUCUGCCGGGCAGCACACCAGAAACAAUAUCCACCGAUUUCAGUAUCGUAGCCUAUAAAUUAUCAGCAAAAGCAUUUCGUGCUGGCUUAUUUCCCAACCUACAAAUUUCCAACACCAUAGAACUGGUACGAACUCAGACAGACCACGUGAUCUCACAAGGAAUCAACGUUUCACGUAACGUCGAAGGAAUCUUCAACUACGAGAUGACACUCCCAAAAUCAGCAUACACUCUUGGCAGCCGAAUUCCCAUCGACCUUAAGGUAAUCCCACAAAUCAAAAAAUUUCGACUGUACAAUGUCACUAUAGAAAUUCUCGAAAAUCAAACAUACAAAUUCGACUCACGACAAAAAUUCAACGGGAAACGAGUGGUUGUCACUUUGAAAAGCGACAAAUUUGCCAGAACGCGAUUGUCUGAGCAGGAGGAUGAAGGUGAUUUAGUGGGAAAUAUAUCAUAUGAAAGGACAUUGUCACUUCAGUUGCCAAAAUGUGCGGGAUUAGCCAGUUUUUCAGGUGAUUCGCCGUUGGUGUCGGUUAGUCAUCAAUUACGAGUGACUUUUAUGGUUGCUGCACCAAAUUAUACGAAUAAACGAUUGGCUAUACGAUUGGUAUCACCGAUUACUUUGCUCUCUUGUCGGUGUGUUGAUGAUCAUUUGACAUUACCGAAGUAUGAGGAGGAGAGUUAUUUUUGUCCUUGUGAUCCGGAGUAUCAACGACAAGCAAGAUUAAUAUUGGGUGCUUCGGCAUUUCCCGAGCAACCACCACCCACCGAAGAUGAUAAUAGCCAACCACCGCCAUCAUAUGAGAAUAUCAUCGCAAUGGAUCGAUUGGAAAUGAUGACUGAUGAUAAUAAUGCUGAUACUUCAAGUAACCACGCAACAACAUCAGCAACAGCGUCGUCGAAUAAUGAUGUAUCAAUGGUAAUAGAGAUGAUGGAUGUCGACGACGAAGAAGAUGAUGACCGCCCAUUAAGUUCUUUUGUUAACAGUAAACCUUUAGUUCCAGAUAAAAGUGAAGUCGAAGAUAAUACUGUAUGA